GAAAGAUCAGUUGCACUUUCUUUGAAUAUUCCCUUCUUAAUCGAAUUUCCAAGAAUACAAGAUUAUAUAUUCUACUAUGGCGAAUGCAGGGUUUGUAGUUGUAACAUUGAGUUCACGCAAUAGGAUUUAUCUGUAAAGAUUUACAACUGCAAUCGACACACAUAUGUGGAAAGAUAACAAUAACGAUAAACACGUACGCUGUGACAUCCAAUUACAAAACAGGUGACCCAAUAACCUCGAAUUGCACAACAGGUAACCUGAAUUACCAGACACAUUUUUGGACAGUCCGGAAUUACUGUUUUGAACUUCCCCUUCUUCAUGGGAUUUCCAAGAUAUUAUACAACAUUCAAUGUGUCGAAGUAUGAACAAACAUGUUAUCACAGGAACUUGGCAUGAUGAGCGCAUCGGAGGACGGUGGCUGUGAACGUGAAGAUUUUUUACCAAAGAAGGACUCAGCCGUUGAGUCGACAGAAGAACAUCAAGAUUCGUGCGGACAGGAUCCAAAAGGCAACAGAUUUUGCCGCUGGUUACGCAACAAUAAGAAAUGCGCAGUCUGUAUGUUUGUUGUAGCUAUAUGUAUUGCUACUGCUAUAAUUGUCCUUCAUGCCAUAUUAAAACAUACAAGGGACAACAACGGGCAGCAAAAUGCUAACGUAUCUACAUUAUCUACAGUAGAACCUAACAGUCAACCGUUAAUAGAAAAAAAAUGUAUUCAAGAUGACGAUGGAUAUUGUUCAAUACAGAUCCCUGCUAAUACAUCAAGAUUAGAAGCACAGUCCUGCGGCCCGCAAAACUGUUUUGAGUGCAAGGGCACAUGUCUGGGGGCUGACGUCAUCAGGGGGAUGUUAAACCAGCACAUCGAAUGCAACAACUCUCAACGUUUUAUUGAUUGCUGCGUCGUUCGGUCAGCAAGCGGAAACGGGCAAUGCGGAGAACAUGGUGAACUUGUCUGCAUUAAUUCCACUAAUCCACCGGAUUGUCAAUGUCAUCUUGGAUGGACAGGCCCGUACUGCAAUAAAACGGACUUGGUUGAGGCACUGUGCAACUGUGAUGCGAGCAAUCAGACAAUUGCCGUUGAAAACUGUUUCAGCGUUGAUCGUCCAAAGGACUGGCAUAUUUGUCUGCACGUCUUAAGUGAUGGUACACAAUGCAGAUGUGCCAAUUAUGAAUCUGGCUUCUUAAAGGUGAGAAAGCCAACGUUGAUUGCUUAAUUGACAGACCACACGAAAAAAGUUCAUCCCUAACUAGUUUUCGGUGCAUUAAAGUGAUUGAAAACAUGAUAAUGUUCUCCCCGUAGAGCAAAGGAUGUCAGAGGAAUCGUCUCGUCUCUCUGCACGACAAAAUGACAACCUCGCGCAGUUGACUGUUCCUUUUUCGUGCCUAUAAUUACAUAAUAAAAAGGAUUGUUAAAGUUAUAUUAUACAAUAAUACACCAGAUGAAAAGAUGCUGAAAUACGCAUUAGAGUGAAUCUGCGAUUAUCAUUUCUACAGAACUGAUUUUGAACCUCUUUGCCUCAAGCAUUACUACCGAAUUCGUUAAAUAGUGGCUUUAUAUGUUGUUAAGAAAUUAUAUUUAUAUAAAUACAAAUAAUAUUUUUCCGUGUUCAACUAAAAUAAUUGAUUGUGGUUACCUUAACGACACGUUUAAUUGAGUAACAAUCCUUUUUCCUGUAAAUCAUGUUCAUUUUGAUCUGGAGUUUAAAGUUGCGGAAUGAAACAGUCAAUAAAUACGACGUAAUGCAAAUCCAAACGCCGCAGUUAAUCAAUAAAGUGUUAAAUUAUACAUGCCCGUUAUUAAAUAGAAACAGUUACAGUAGUAACCUCAGAUGGACUUUUAUCGAGGAUGGGGCCUCUUUUUUUUAAAAUUUAUAACCUGAUAUCCGAUUUCAAAUUUAUAAUUUCAUAAUUUGGCGGAGAUGUUCUAAUAUUUAAAGACCACUAAGGCUUAUGUCUGAGUAUUCUUGGAUCAAGAGUUGAGGUUAUAUCACCAUAUAAUUGUUUAGUUUAAUUUAAAACAAAAUGUCAGCACCAAAUGCGGAAUAUGUUAAGGAAUCAUUUUGUUGUUAGGUAUAUUAAGGUACGUUUAACAUGUUUAAGUUUUGAUAAAAAACAAAACAGG